ACCAAGGCAGAGCACAAACUCCAAGUUGCCUUACUGGAGUCAGAGCGAUGUGAGGAGGAAUCUAAGCACCAAAUGAUUGGCUUACAGAGAGCAUCAGUCCUACAGAUCAGAUACUGUGAUCGAGUACGUGGUCAGCUUGCAGCACAGGAAGACAAAGCAGGGAGGAAGAAGGGUACAAGGUUUGUUGGUGAUGGCUUACCUUGUAUGCUCACUGGUGAUGCCUUCGUGGCACAGGUUAUCACAUAUGAGAAUGCCAUGGAGGUGGAAGCUAGAGAAAAAGAGAUGAGGGCCAAGAGAAGAGCGGAACAUUCGGAAGAGCUCGCACAUUGGAAAAUGGAGGAGAUAGAGCAGAAAGAACGAAAUCAAGCAACAAGAGCCAUUUUCGAGGCACAGAAGGCUGAGUGGGAA